AUGGCGCAGGAAGGCCUGCACAUUUGUGGGAGAUGGACUGGCAAAGAGAAGACCAUCAGCAUAUCCUUGCAAGGAGACCAGCUGCGGCUUCAGAUUGGUGCCUCGCCGUUCCUGCAGGUGGCACCAGUGUCGAGUGAAGAGGCCUGGCCGAAGCGAUGGUCGGUGGUCAAUCAGGCCAACGCAAAGGAGGAGCCAUUUCAGCUAGAGCUGGGCUCUGCAGAAUCCGCCACCAUGUGGUUGAGGCACGGGGCCAGCUCCGAGGAGCUGACGCGGGCGGGGGCGCCUGCCAGGCGCGGCUGA